AUUGUUCGGUCUGGCGCCUCCCUCAUUUCGUUCACAUGGACAGAAGAACUUCCUGUUGACGUUCGUGCGUCCUGACAAUAGAUACUGAUACUGCACUCCGAGUUUCUUGAGGCGUUUAGAUAGAAAACAGAACCCGAUUUGGUGUUUUAGACGGUAAAUAAACCGUCUUUCUCUCGGUAUGGCGGAGGCACGCGCUGAGGAGGACGAGGAGCGUUUGCGUGAGUCCGGCGGCGCGAGACGGAGCGCAGAACACUCAGACAGAAACAAACCCGAUCAGCGCCACUCCAGCCAAGGGCCGCUUUCCUCCAUCAGAGCUGUCAUCAAACGCACAUCAGCGAGAACGAGCUCUCAGAGUGACCAUCAGCGAGACCGCAGCAGGCGUCCAGAAAUCACCAUCCUCUCUGCUGAGCCGCUGUCAUCCAAUACAUGGUUCCCAGGGGCCUCUGGGGCGUUUCCUCCGGCCCCGCCCCCAGCCCCGCCCACAUGGGCUGCAGGCUCGGCAACAGUGCAGCUCCCGCCUCCAUCCUACGAGCAGGUGAUCCGAGAAAAGAGCCGUGAGCAGAAUCUUCACUCCUCCUCUUCGUCAUCUCCGUCUCCAUCUUCUCGUCACUCUACCUCCACCAUCGCCACGCAGACGGACACAAACUCCCCCGGCCCACAGUCCUCUGCUGCUCGUCCAGUUCGUAGGCACUCCAAACCCCCGCGGCCCUCACUGCCCCUCAAACACAUGCCUGAAGUGGACUGGUCUAAUACAAAUGCCGGUGCUCAGCCUCGAGAGGCUCUGCGCGAACAGUGUGGUGUCCAGACGGACUUCGAUGACAUCAUCGAUGACAUCUCUCCCAUAGGCCCCGCCCCCACUGUCACCACUUCCACCCAGAUCAACCUCGAUUCCGCAGGCAACCCGAUGAAAGAGGAGCCGAGUGUUCGUCCCAGACCUCGGCCGCGCUCCAGAGUCGCCCUACGACCCAACGAGGACGUUCUGGACCAGCCACAAAAAUAUGUCAUUGUAUAUCAGUGUCCGUCGGUCCCCAAACACUCCCGUCCACCUCCACCUGUGCUCAGAAAGACACCGUCCACCUCACAGGCCACGGUGGAUGUUUUCAGAGCUCCUGACGCCUCCAUUCCUUCUCUUCCUCCGAGACCCAGUGGCAGCAAACUCCUCCCACUCCGCCCUCCUCCAAUCAAAGUGGCCAAACUUCCAGGCUCCUCCUCCUCCCCUGCUGUGACCAAUCAGCUGCCAGGCAGCAGGGUGCCACCCUCCCUCCCCGCCCCAAACCAGGACAUCCGCUUUACAAGCGCUAUUCUGUGCGUCGUGGCUCGUUUUGCAUUCGAGGGGGAGGAGGGGGAGCUGUCCUUCACUGAGGGUGAUGUCAUCACUCUAAUGGAAUAUGUAAAUGAGGAGUGGGGGCGUGGCCUCCUGAACGGACAGCCGGGAAUCUUCCCCCUCAGCUUCAUCCAGGCUAUAGAGGAAACUGAAGCGUUGCCAAGGAAACAGGCUCUGGAAUCUCCUGCGCCCCCUGCAGGAGCGAGAAUCAGAGGACGAGCACUUUAUGAUUUCACUCCCGAGUGUGAGGACGAGCUCUGUCUGAAGGCAGGAGAUGUGGUGUGUGGUUUGGAGGACAUGGAUGCUGAGUGGUUCCUCGGAGAAUCCGGAGGGAAACGUGGCAUCAUUCCCAAAAACUACAUCCAAGUGCUGCUGGACCCCUGAACACACGGGCCGUCCUGUCAUGUGCCUGAUGAGUGUUUCUGCAUUUGCCUUAAUUAGAUGUAAUACAGUUAAACGAGGUUAGUGAGGGGAUCUCCUGUACUGUACUGACGUGUGUGUAUGUGGCCAGAUGAACUUGUUUACAGUUUUAACCCACAUUAAACUGAUCAGUUAUUAAGCAUUGUUCU